CCGGCAGAGGCGGCUCCGGAGGGGCGGGGCGGCUCCUCCCUCGGGUCCGCUGCGAGCCCGCGCCUCCCAAUUCCCGGAGCUGAGAAGGGCUCGCGGCGGCCGCUCCGCUGGGCUCCAGGUUGGGCUGCCGGGCGCUGGGCCAGGGCGGGCGGGAGAGCGACGGGGGCUUGCGCGGAGGGCGGCGGCCUGGGCUCGCCGAGCCAUGGCGGCCCCGGAGCCGGCGCCGAGGAGAGGCCGGGAACGCGAGCGGGAGGACGAGAGCGAGGACGAGAGCGACAUCCUGGAGGAGAGCCCGUGUGGCCGCUGGCAGAAGCGGCGGGAGCAGGUGAACCAAGGGAACAUGCCCGGGAUUCAGAGCACCUUUCUGGCCAUGGACACGGAAGAGGGGGUAGAAGUGGUGUGGAACGAACUCCACUUCGGGGAUAGGAAGGCCUUUGCGGCCCAUGAGGAGAAGAUCCAGACCAUGUUUGAGCAGCUGGCGCUGGUGGACCACCCCAACAUCGUCAAGCUGCACAAGUAUUGGCUGGAUGCCUCUGAGGCCCGCGCGAGGGUCAUCUUCAUCACAGAAUACGUGUCGUCUGGCAGCCUCAAGCAGUUCCUCAAAAAGACCAAGAAGAACCACAAGGCCAUGAACGCCCGGGCCUGGAAGCGCUGGUGUACGCAGAUCCUGUCUGCACUCAGUUUUUUGCACGCCUGCAGUCCCCCCAUCAUCCACGGAAACCUGACCAGCGACACGAUCUUCAUUCAGCACAAUGGCCUCAUCAAGAUCGGCUCUGUGUGGUACCGCAUCUUCUCCAAUGCACUUCCUGACGAUCUCCGGAGCCCUAUAAGAACUGAACGGGAGGAGCUCCGAAACCUGCACUUUUUCCCACCAGAGUAUGGCGAGGUCAACGAUGGGACUGCUGUGGACAUCUUCUCCUUUGGGAUGUGUGCACUGGAGAUGGCGGUCUUGGAGAUCCAAGCCAACGGGGAUACCCGAGUCACAGAAGAAGCUAUUGCUCGGGCCAGGCACUCGCUGAGUGACCCCAACAUGCGGGAAUUCAUCCUCUCCUGCCUGGCCCGGGACCCUGCCCGCCGACCCUCAGCCCACAACCUCCUCUUCCACCGAGUGCUCUUUGAGGUGCACUCGCUGAAGCUGCUGGCAGCCCACUGUUUCAUCCAGCACCAGUACCUCAUGCCUGAGAAUGUGGUAGAGGAAAAGACCAAGGCCAUGGACCUCCAUGCAGUGUUGGCUGAGAUGCCCCAGCCCCAUGGACCCCCAAUGCAGUGGCGGUACUCAGAGGUUUCCUUCUUGGAGCUGGACAAAUUCCUAGAGGAUGUCAGGAAUGGCAUCUAUCCACUCAUGAAUUUCGCUGCUGCUCGGCCCUUGGGACUUCCUCGUGUGUUGGCCCCACCCCCAGAGGAGGCCCAAAAGGCCAAAACUCCAACCCCAGAACCCUUUGACUCGGAGACCAGGAAGGUGGUCCAGAUGCAGUGCAACCUGGAAAGAAGCGAGGACAAGGCUCGGUGGCACCUUACUCUGCUUUUGGUGCUUGAGGACCGGUUACAUCGGCAGCUGACCUAUGAUCUGCUCCCAACCGACAGUGCCCAGGACCUCGCCGCCGAACUAGUGCACUAUGGCUUCCUGCACGAGGUGGGCGGGUGCGCCUCGGGUUUGGAAAGGUGCAGUCUGCCGAGCUGCCCAGUACUACCGUGCUUCCCCACCCCCUCCACUGCAGGAUGACCGGACAAAGCUAGCAGCCUUUCUGGAGACCACUUUUCUCAAGUACCGUGGGACACAAGCGUGACCUUUCCAGUCCUGACAGCCCAGCAGAGAUACCAGGACUCAGGGUUGUCCACUUGUCAAAGAGCCCCACACUGCUCAAAGCUGCCUUCUGCCUGUGUUCCCUGGAACUGAAUACAGGUCUUGCUAGUGAAGACCCCUCCCCCACAGCUUUCUGCAGCAGUGUGGGACCCUGGGGUGGUGAUGGAGCCCUGAGCCUGGAUGGGAGUGGAUACAGGUCAGUUAGGGGACCCACACUCUAUCUGGUACUGGACAACAGCCAUGCCUUCAGGUGGCAGAAACCUAGGAAGGAGCCUGGUCUCAAAAGUAAUAGGGCCCUUCAGGUGUCAGACACAGUGCUGGGCAUCAGGCAGACCAAACCUGACCUGAUUGGAGACUCAUAGAUUAGAGAGCUUGGAUUAGACCUGUGGCCAGGAAAUUCCAUGGUCACCGCUCAGACCAGUCCCGAUUGCCUUGCAGACCUGCCUUGAGCCGUCUCUCUGAUCUUUCACACAUUUGAGACCAGGACCUGUGUCCUCCACAAAGCCCUUGGGUAGGAUCUUUCUGUUCAUCAACCCUCUGGCCUAAGGGCUCAGAGGUCAGGCGUCCACUGCAUCCCCUCCCCGGGGAAGUCAAUGUGUUUGAGUCUGAGGAUGUGGGUUCCUCUUUCUCCUUAACCCAACUUGUCUCUCAUUCUUGCUGAUUUCAGAGUCCUGGUAAAUUCUUCCCCUCAGAACCACCCUGAUUUCUUGGUUCUUGAACCGCCUCCUCUCUUCCAACUUCAAAUUUAAGGUCUUAAACGUUUUUAAAUGUGUAUAUAAAUGUAAUGCCUCCACGUUCCUUUUGAAACCUUCACGUGUGAAACCAGGAAGGCUCACUACUGUACUAUUAAUAGUUCCACAUUGCUGCUGUUAACACAUAUCAUAGACCCAGUGGUUUGAGACAACACACAUACAGUUCUGUACAUCAAAAGUUUAAUACUAGAUUAAGACCCAGGCUAAGUUCCUUUCUGGAAGUUGGGGCUCACCUCCUGCUCCUUCAAGCUAUUGGCAGAAUUCACUUCCCUACGAUGGUAAGGUAGAAAUUCCUGUUUUCUUACAGCUGCCAACUAAGAGCCCUUCUCAGCUUCUAGAGGCCACCAAUUUUUCUUAGCUCUUCUUCUAUCCCCUUCAAGACCAGCAGCAUCAAGUUGAAUCUUGUCAUGGACUAACUGUCUGGUUCUCCACUGCUGGGGAGUUUCGGGGCCUUUUGUGAGUUGGUUGGACCCACCUGGGUAACCUGGGAUGAUAUCCUUCUCAGGGUCUGUAGAUUAACCACAUCUGCACAGUACCUUUUGCUCUGGAGACUAAUCAUCCUGGGUCUUGGUGCUUAGAGAGUAGACGUGGAUGGUGGAUGUCGUUACUAUGUUGCCUUCCAUGCCACCUUAGCCCAAACCAAAACCUAUAUUAAGCAAAGUUGUCAUGGGACAUUUAAUAAAUUAAAUGAACUCUCAUUGUGCAUGGUCUGACAUAGUCUAUUUUUAAAAUCCACAACAGAUUGUACAGAUAAUUAAACUGAACUUGUAAGCA